AUGGCUUUGGGCAGACGUUCUGCAAUACGACUUCCUCCAGAAGUUAAUCGUAUCUUGCUCGUUAAAAACUUACCAUACAACAUAUCGGCCGAGGAAAUGUAUGAUCUCUUCGGAAAGUAUGGAGCUAUUCGUCAAAUCACAGUAGGUAAUACCCCAGAAACCAGGGGAACCGCGUUGGUAGUAUACGAAGAUAUCUUCGAUGCCAAAAAUGCCUGCGAUCAUCUCAGUGGCUUUAACGUUUGUAAUCGAUACCUGAUUGUCCUUUAUUAUCAACACAAUAAGAUACGACUUCCUCCAGAAGUUAAUCGUAUCUUGCUCGUUAAAAACUUACCAUACAACAUAUCGGCCGAGGAAAUGUAUGAUCUCUUCGGAAAGUAUGGAGCUAUUCGUCAGAUCAGAGUAGGUAAUACCCCAGAAACCAGGGGAACCGCGUUGGUAGUUUACGAAGAUAUCUUCGAUGCUAAAAAUGCCUGCGAUCAUCUCAGUGGCUUUAACGUUUGUAAUCGAUACCUGAUUGUCCUUUAUUAUCAACACAAUAAGGUUAGUUCUUGCAAUUUUUAUGGUCUCAUUCACAACUUUUCAUGUGUUUGA